AUGUGCGGAUUCGACGACUUACCCACAGAAGUCUUUGAGCAGAUCAUCGGCGACGUGAAGAAUCCCCAAGAUCUGAGCUCUCUCAGCCGCUGCAGCCGUGGACUUUACUGGGCAAUCUCAGACAAACUCUUUACUAUGGCAUUCGAUAAACGGGCCGCGUCGAAAGGAAUCGAUCAUGCGGUCUCGCAUGUGUUUAUGCAUACCGUCAAACACGACUCGCAGCAUCUGAUCCAGUGGCUGAUGUUUCGCCAGCAUGGCCCGAGAUUGAGAGGACCGUUUCCUUUGAUGCAAAGUUUCACCUUUCUCCAUUACGCCCUACUUCAAGACGCUCCCAAAGUAGCAAUUCAGCUUCUCAAGCACGGAUCCGAUCUAGAUGAAGAUGCCGCUCUAUAUCCUGACCUCAAGUCCCUGUAUAUUUCCGUGGCCAGGCCUCAUAGCAACAGUCUUGGCGCACUGGACGGGGCUCUUCGCAUCGCAUGUAGCUAUGCUCUUCCAAGGAUGGCAGAGUAUCUCCUGAUACGCGGUGCUGAUCCGAACACGUACAGCGCAUUCGGCUUUGCGGCAAUUCACAUCGCUGUGAGAAAAAGGGUACCUUGGGCGCAGUUCAAAAUGUUUGCUCGGUUUGAAGGGCAACAAGACCUAGAAACUGCUCUAUGGAACGCCAAGAUCGCUAGAACUGCGCAAGUCUUAAUUCGCUUUGGCGCCGAUUCCAAUCUUCCCAUACAAGGUUCUCGCAGUCAUUCGUGUGGGCCAAAAUGUUGGAAGUCAUUGGCCUGUUGUCCCAAGGAGCAGCGAGUUCUACAUGUUGCAGCAGGCGGGGGGUCUCUUGCAGUCGUUUCGAUGCUUGUCAAACAGAAAGUCAGCUUUUUCCAAGCCGAUGGUGAAGGAAACCUACCUCUGUUUCACGCCAUGGUUCAAGGCCAUGAUGAAAUCGUUACCUUUCUUAUAGAACAAAUGCGGCGUGUUCAACGACGUAGAAAGGUAUCGACGAAUGCAGUCAUUUGCAAGUCUACACAGAGCACUUUGUUGCACAUCGCUUGUCGAUUUGGAUACUCUGAUGUGGUCAGCGCCCUCAUAAAGGGUGGUGCUGAUGUGAAUGUGGAGGAUGGUUUAGGCCGACGACCGAUACACGAGGCUCUUGGGCAAUGCGCCCCUGACAUGGAAGACCGCAUCGUGGAGACACUUUACCUUCUUUCAGAGAAUGAUGCAUCCCCAGAUGUUGUGGACUGCAGUGGUACGAGGGCCCGAGACCUCGGCGAAAAGCAUAUCUUCUCGGGUGUCCGGGCGUUGUUUGAGUAUGCUACAAUGGCUAGAUACGAGUGGCAACGACUCACGGAAUCGCGGCAGCCCGAGAAGACUGAAAUGUAA